AUGCAGCGUCGUACGUUGUGUGCGCGCCUGUGGCGGACGGCCGUUACGCGGCUCGACGCCCCCUCCGGGCUCUGCGGGGCGUCCUCCCGUUUCUUAUUUCCCUGCGAGGCCGAUCUCGGCCCGGGGGCCCCGCCCCAGCCCUUUUCGCUCUCGCCAACCCCCACCAGUGUCUCCUACGGCGAGGAGGAGAUCCAACAGGAACGCGCGCUCUACGCGGACGAGGAGCUUUCUGAAAGGGGGACGGGCGAUACUUCUGGGGGGGCCCCCAAGGGGCGAGCCCACGACUUGGGCGACGGGGCCGUGGCUGCGCCGGUGGACUUGCUUCAGCCGCUGAACCUCUUCGGUAAGUUAUAUCCCGAGUCCAUUGCACAGACGUUACGAGAACAAGCCACGGCGAAGAACUUCCAGUUUCCGAUAUGGUCUACUUUGGGUGGCUACAUCCGGUUUGGGCUCGCAGUACUUCCAGAGGGAGGAUCGGGGAUACAACUGCAGAUUCAGAGUAAAAGGACGGUUGAGUUGUUCAACAUCCAGCAGUCCAAUUACAAAUUCUCGACGACCACGAAUACUUUUCAAGACAUCUUGAAGGAUCUGAGGCGUCAAUCUAAACUAUUAUUACCACGCGAUAUCGGUGGUCGAUACUUGAACUUUAAAUUCGAAGUCUACAUCCGAAAUCAUUGGUCCUUCACUGACCUGCAGAAGGUCUGCCCGCUCUGGAUUAAAAAUUAUCAUUUGGAAUUGCUGAGUGAUUCUGUAAAGAAGUCUGAAAAAUUAAACUUCAUAGCCGUUCCUAUGGUACAAAUGCAUGCGCCAAUAAUUAACUUUCCCUCUAUUCCUUAUUCACCAAAUACAAUGCAAUAUUCGAGUAUGAACGUUAAUGCAAAUAUGCACAAUCAUAGCAUUUUCUACAACAUUUCACAGCUCGAGAAUUCCUCGCGAUACACCAGGAAUCGGGAUAUUUCCAAGCAACUGAUUAUGUUGAACUCGUGUGGAAAACGGUACUCGUCGGUUAUGACCUUCCGAAUGUUUGAGUACUGUUACCAGUACUUUUUUAAUUACGAGGAUCCUUCGGUGUGGAUUACGGAGUCACGUUUGAAAAUGUUGGGUGGACAAGUAAUUAACAAACCCCGCUUCUCAAGUGUGGAAGCGCAAAAGUUGUACUCAUCGCAGAAGAGCCUUUCUACAGUGCAGAGACCCCUUCUGUGUGAUUCAGAUAAACGGGAGGAGGGGGUUGUACCACCACCAUUUGUGGAGUGUGUUUGUGAUGAAAUUGUAACUCUUUACAACUCAGAGCAGACCGAUGUGCAUAAUCUGGUUUACAAGAUGGCUCUGAAUAUGUAUUCUGAAUCAUUUUCAUAUUUAAGGAAUAAAAGCCCAAGAAAACAAUACAAUGAUCAAUAUGUUUUUUAA